GCUCCCUGUGAAGGCAUGUGACCGAGUGCCGGGCGAGGCUGAGGUUCGACCGAGUUUGCUCCGCUGUUCCUGCCUCUUGCAAAGCUUACAAAACUUGGCUCGGCUCAAGCCGAUUCACCAGCCCCGCCAUGUCAUCCUCCUCCUCCUCUCUCCCGUGGUGCUGCUGUUGCUGCGUGCCUCCCGAGGGCUCGCGGGACGAGAGGGAGCGGCUGGUCCACCGGGGUGGCUCGCGCAUCCCUACCGACGAGCAGGCCGGCUACAGCGGCGACUCGGCCGAGCCGCCUCCACCCAACCGCGGGCCCGUGGUCUCCGCCCGCAAGGCGCGACCUCCUCCUCCUGCUGCUGCUUCCGCCGAAGCACUUGACAGGCACGGCGGAGAGGAAGAUCGAGGGCGAGCGCUGACCGUGCGUGCGGUCGGGGUGCCCGACGUGGACUCCCGCGUGACGGACGCGGCGGAGACGUUCGCGAACCUGCAGGCCGAGCACAUGGGGGUCACCCGCGCCCGGCAUGACCUCUGCAGGAGCGCGUGCUGCGGCACCGCCGCCAGCCAGCACGGGCUUGCCGAGUGCCUCCGCAACCUGGAGCUCCGGCACGAGACGGCGCUUAAGAUAGAGCUCAAGGGCUACAACUUCUCAUUGGUGAUGAAAGACGGCGGCGUGGACAUGCCGACGAGCGUGCAGGAGGCUGCUCGACUCGUUUCCGAGUUGAGCACACGGGCGAGAGCCUUCCUGGGAAUGAGCACGCGGCUGGACGAGAUGAUGGCCGCCCUGCUGCGCACCGAGUCCACAAUCUCCAAGGAGGUUUCCGAAACCAACAGAGACUACGCGGACAACGUGCGGGCUCACGACAACAUGCAGAGGAGCCUGGCCGAGUUACGGCGGGGACGCAAGGACGUCGCUCGCUACAAGGAAGAUAUAAGCAGCCUCUUGCUGCAGGUCGCUCAGAUAGCUGGGGUGAUGGAACAACCUUCCGAAGACUAAGGAUCAGAUUUCUCACGUUGCAGAAUUGGCGAAACCACACGUCAACCUAAUCUUGGGUACGUAGGAGUCGCGGAAACAACAGCGCUCACCGCGAGCACAGGAUAAGGGAGAGAAACCGAGACAAAGGAGUGAACAGAAAGGAAAAUAGAAAAACACGGAGAAAUAAGCAGAGAAAAACAAAAUCGGGCAUAUGGAGUCAGGGGGGGGGGGGGGGAGGGAAAUAGGAAAACUCGACUCACGUAAAGAGACAGAAAACGAGACAAUGAGAUAGUGGGAGACGGAGGGAGAGACAUUGACAGAAAAGGCAGAGGUAAACAGAACUUGUUAUUAGAUAGUGGUGGGGGGGGGGGGGGGCGAUAAGACAGACUUGAUAAUUAAAAAAAACGAUUCAGCUUCAAUUGAUUCUGAAACUUAGACAAGGUACGUGGCAUUCAGUCCGAUAGUCAAAUGUGCUGUACGGUGCACCCUUACUUCUUGGUGUCGGAAACACACCUUUUGGCAAAGAAACAAAAUCUUUGGCUGGCCAAUAAUAUGGAACGAAUUAUCACAAAUGUGUUAUAUUUUGCUAUUUUAUCCUGUUAUAUUCUACGUAAUCAUAUAAUUAUGAUGCAGCUACCUUAAGCACUCCUGCACAAGCAUAAAUGAAAACAUUUUUUAAUUAAGUACUGAAUACCAAUAUUCAGCAUCUUAAAUAGGUAUUGUUGCAAAGAAACCAUGACCUUUUUUUAAAAUAUUAUAUACACUUUGCA